AUGCUGCUUAAGAUCGUACUCAUCUUUGCAAUUGCUGCUAAAGGUUCUGCCUACUGUAUAGAUGGGCGGCCAAAAGACGUAUGUUUCUUAGAUCCAAAAGAAGGCCGAGGCAGAGGAUAUUUCAAAGAAUGGUAUUACGAUACUAAAGUCGGAAAAUGCUCCCAGUUUGUGUUUGGAGAUGCUGUUGGGAGUUCUGAUGAAAAUAGAUUCAAGUCGGAAUCUGAGUGCAAUGCACUGUGCAGAAGUGAAGUGCCGGGUUUUUGUUUCGAAGGGGUCAAGCCUAGCACCGAGACGCAUAACUCCAAAAAGUGGACUUACAAAUCGUCCAGCGGACAAUGUGUCCAAACUCAGUGGAAUGGUGGCGUUAACGGCAGCAUAAAUAUAUUCAAUUCACGUCAUGAUUGUGAAGAAAAGUGUAAAAUACCAGAUCUCGGUCCUUGCGGAAAAAGUGUUACGACAAAGCAUUACUGCAAACAAACCGACGACCAAUAUUAUCUUUAUGAUACCAAGACAGAUUCAUGUCGAGUAAUGGAACCGCAUGAGUGCCCACAUGGACAAGGGAACAUAUUUACAUCUUUUUUUCGAUGCAACCAGCGAUGUGGAAGAUUUAUAAAGGACAAAUGUAAAAUGCCGAUACAGAAUAUGACUACCUGCGUUACUUUAGAGCCUCGAUUUGGAUACAAUAAAGAUACAAAAAUGUGUGAAGAGUUUUUAGGGUGUGACGACGGUGGAAACAGUUUUCCCAAGGCAAAACAAUGCUGGGAAACAUGCACGAAAAAUCCACCAAGCCGUUGUGCGUUAAGUCCCGACGUUACCCCUUGGUCUGGAGCAUUCAGACGAUAUUAUUAUGACAGUAAUGCAAACAGAUGUUUCCCUAAAAGUCAAUUUGGUCACUACGUUUCCGGAAAAUCAAAUAUAUUUCGCACCUGGGAAGAAUGUAAGAAGGCUUGCAUCGCAUAUCAUGAACCUGGAAAGGAAUAUUAA